UUGUUCUUUCUAUAGGCUCACUAGAGGCUGGAAAUGCCUCGCAGAAGCUGAGAACCAGGAAAAGAACAGUCAUUGGAAACCUGAGUAGGAAAUAUAAGAUAUACUGCACAGUCUUGAAGUGAUAAUAUGAUUGUGUUUAGGAGUUCAGCAUUUGGAACUCUCUGAUGGUUUUUUCCUGCAUCCCCACUGGUGUCUCAAUGGGUUCCUUUUUGGUUGUGUUAGCACUAUGAGAGAGCAGAUUAAAAUGCAGAUCGGGCUCCUGGUUGAUCUUGAGACAAGAGGCCAUGAAUUCCCAGCCUUUGGGAUGACAAAGGACAUGAAGACAGGUGACCGCAGCCAGGUGAAUGGACAACGGGGAAUAACAGCAGGAGCCGGUGACUGCUGACCUUUUGGAUAAGGUGACGGCAGCGCGAUGGAUGAACACGGAGCGGGGAGCAUCUCUUGAAGAUUGUGCCGAAAUGGAUUGUGAUUAUAUGGGGAAGAUCAACCGUUACUGUCAAAUACAUAAAUUUAGAGCGGAUUAUAAACUCAUCAGUAGGACGGGCCCAGAUCACGAUCCUGAGUUCAAAGUUGUGGUCAAAAUAAAUGGUGAGGACUAUGCUACAGGUACUGGUAAAAGUAAAAAAGAAGCAAAAGCAUUAGCAGCAAAAGAAACGUGGAAAAUGAUUGAGAAACAGCAGGACAGUCCCUCAAAUAUGGCAGCUGCAGAGUUAGGGACAACUCAAAGAACCUCAUCAUUGGCAUCAGACAAAGAUUAUGUCAGCCUAUUAAAUGUUUAUUCACUAAAGACGUCUCACAUAGUUGAUUAUUGUAAAAACGCUUGUACUGGAGAUGCCCAUGCUCCCACGUAUUCUCUUAGCUGUAUAAUUGAUGAUCAGGUGUGUGGAAUGGGCACUGGACCUUCCCUAAUGGCUGCAAAACAAGCUGCUGCAAAAGAAGCAUAUGAGAAGGUGAUAAUCAAAAAAGCUAAUGGCACUUGUACAUCUGACUCAGAAAACAGAAUUUGCUCUGUUGACUCAGCUGCAAAGUUGGAAGAAAAUAUGAAAGACAUGGCGAUUUGUGAAAAGCCUUCACCUCUUCAGAGAAAUGCACCAAGUUCUGUCUUGAAGUCCAAAAGAAAAUUGGCAGCUAAUUUUGCUGAUAUAAGAAACAAAAAAGAGGAAAAAAAUAUGUCAGAUUCAAAUGAAGGUUUGCCAGACAAGGACACAAAGACUGGAGAAGAGAAUGGGAGUCCACACACUGUCAAUCAAACAUUUCUUGAUCAUUUUGAAGCAAUAGAGCCUAUUGAUGAAGGUGGUUUUGGGACUGUUUUCAAGGCAACAUCGAAGUCUGAUAAGACAACCUAUGCAAUCAAACGAGUUGAAUUCACAGAGAAAGUUCAGCGUGAAUCAGAGGGACUUGCAGGACUUACACAUGAGAACAUAGUGCGGUAUCAUUUCAGCUGGAAAGGGUAUGACUAUAUAAAGGACCCAGACUCAAGCCUGAAUCCAGACAGAGAAACUCUCUGUCUUUUCAUCCAACUGGAAUUCUGUGAAAAAGGGACAUUGGAAAAGUGGAUUGCACAAAAUAGAGAAAAACAACAGUAUCAUGCAAUGGCACAAAACAUAUUCUUGCAAAUAGUGAAAGGAGUGCAAUAUAUUCAUUCUAAAGACUUAAUUCAUCGAGACCUCAAGCCUCAGAAUAUAUUCAUAUCACGUGAUGAUAUAAUAAAAAUAGGUGACUUUGGUCUUGUGACUUCUGUGACAUUUGAGACUCUGACUGAGAACAGAGGAACAAAAUCGUAUAUGGCACCAGAACAGUUUGGGGACAGAUACGGAAAGGAAGUAGAUAUUUAUGCACUGGGAUUAAUUUGGUUUGAAAUUCUUUCGGCAUCGACUUGUCAUGAAAAAGCUAGGGUAUGGCCUUCUGUUAGACAAGGUAACCUUCCAGAGAGCUUCAUCAACCGAUUUCCGACAGAGGCAUCUAUAAUCAAAAGGAUGCUUUCAAGAUCAGGAAGAAUCACUGUAUCUCAUUUACUUGACUUCAUUAAGUCUGCUGGUAAAGAGAAGGCACUUAAAAAUUAUUCUUGUUAAAUGUCCUUUC